UUUUGAGUGCUAAUGGGUUAUCAAUAGCCCAAAAGUCUAAUAAUAAAUAAAAAUAUUAUAGAAGCCCAAUAUGAUCGAUCAAUCUUCUUUCUCUCGAAGCAGCUUUCUUCUCCCGCCGUCAAAUAUCAUUCCUCUUUGUUUCUUAAAAUUUCCUCUACUGUUCAAAACUGAAACUUUAAGAGUUUAUUUGUUUGUCCUCGCAUGGCGGCGGCUUCGUCAAAAACAAAAAAGCUUUGGCCGUCGCUGCCUCGUGAGGUGGUAGAAGAAGAGAUACUUAUCAGGAUUCGGAUCGAGGAUGUGAUGCGAGCCAAGUCGGUGUGCAAAGAAUGGUACGAUGUCUUCAAGGACAAUAGAUUCAUCUACAAACACUUGGAUCUCUCCCAGGAAAAUGAUGCAGGACGACGGUUCAUUCGAAUCCAUCAUACUACGUUUCAAAUCAUGAAUCCGGUGACCCUUGAUCUCUUAACUCUACCACUCCCGUCCGAGUUGAUUGUGGGUAGUGAAAUUCAUAAUUGUUUUAAUUCUGUUAUUCACUGCGACGGAUUAUUGCCUAUGCGUUUUUCGUGACGGAAACGAGGAAAGGUGCAAGCUUGCAGUUUGGAAUCCGGUUUUAAGCAGCAGCAGCAGCAGCAGCAGCGCAGUCAAAUGGAUUGAACCCCCCUUGCAUGCUUCUUACGAUUCUUCUGAUAAGUACGGUUUUGGAUACGACAAUAAUGACCACAACUACAAGGUUUUGAAGUUUCACUACUACCCAACUAGUAUUGAGUAUGAGAUAUAUGACUUCAAAUCUAAACUCUGGAGAGUCUUUCCUGCUAUUACUUUCGAUUGGAUCAUGUUGUGGCAGUAUGUGUCUAUGAAGGGAAACAUGUAUUGGCUUGCUAAACUCAGGAGUGCGCGGAGUUACUCCCAAAUGUUCAUCCAAAGUUUCGAUUUCUCCAAAGAGACAUUCAAGCCCUUAACAUGUUCUUCUAAUUUCCCCGUUAAGAUUGAGAUGGAUCUGGUCCACCACGAGCCUCUUGAUUUAUUUGUCUUGUCAAGCUUCGGAGGAGAUAGGCUUUCUUUAUUGCAUCAACACCGCGUUGGACACGACGACACCCCAAGGAUCGAGGUUUGGGUCACAAACAAGGUGACUGAUGCUGCUGCUGCUGUCUCAUGGACUAAGUAUUUUAAUGUGACUCACCCUCAUCUCCCUAUAUUGAAUCCCCGUGCCUACGCUCACAGUAUUCCCACAUACUUUAUCCACGACAAGACCAAUGGUGGUGGUGGUGGUCUCAUGUUAUGGUGCGAUAAACUUCUUGUCCAAGAGGAGGAUAAAGAUGAUGUACAAAUAAAGGAUGAUGAUAUUGCUUGUCCCAGCUUUUACGAAAUUAGUGAGGGAGGUGAGAUCAAAAACCAAGUUGAGACAGGACCACUGUGGUAUGCACGUGGCCGUAGCACUUAUAGAUGUGGCAGUCUUUACGUUCCGAGUCUUGUUCCUCUUCCAGAAUAAGACGCAAAAAUAGACUCUCUAUGUGUCUCUUGUUCUCGCAUGAGAGAAUUCAUGUAUGUUCUUUCUUAAGCUUUUGUCAUGGUCUUUCUAUUGUUAUUCUUGUGUUGGCUUAUAUGCUGUGUGAUGAAACUUGUGCACUUCUCUAUCUAUAUGUUAAAUGUUUCAACUA